GAGCUCUCUGGCAGGCGAGGCCGGGCAGGGCAGCUGUGCCGGUGGAGACUGCGCGCAGGACCCGGCACAGGUGAGCACUGACCGGGACUGAGGCCCAAGAGUUGGCUCUGCCCUCCGUCACCUUCCAAGGAUGCCCCUGCGGCUGCUGCUUCUGCUGCUGUGGCUGUGGGGACUGCCGCUCCAGAGGGCGGAGACAGACUCCGAGGGGCAGACGACGGGGGAGCUGUACCAGCGCUGGGAGCGCUAUGGCCAGGAAUGCCAAAAGACCUUGGAGGCCACCGAACCUCCCUCAGGCCUGGCCUGUAACGGUUCCUUCGACAUGUACGUCUGCUGGGACUACACGGCCGCCAACACCACUGCCCGGGUGUCUUGCCCCUGGUAUCUGCCUUGGUACCAUCAGGUGGCUGCAGGCUUCGUCUUCCGCCAGUGUGGCAGUGAUGGCCAGUGGGGAUCUUGGCGAGACCACACUCAGUGUGAGAAUCCAGAGACGAAUGGGGCCUUUCAGGACCAGAAGCUGAUCUUGGAGCGCCUGCAGCUCGUGUACACCGUCGGCUACUCCCUGUCCCUGGCCACGCUGCUGCUAGCCCUGCUUAUCUUGAGUGUGUUCAGGCGGCUGCACUGCACUCGUAAUUACAUCCAUAUGAACCUGUUCACGUCUUUCAUGCUGCGGGCGGCGGCCAUCCUCACCCGAGACCAGCUGCUGCCUCCACUGGGCCCCUACACCGGGGACCGGAGCCCUGCUCUGUGGGACCAGGCACUAGCUGCGUGCCGCACGGCCCAGAUCAUGACCCAGUACUGUGUGGGAGCCAAUUACACCUGGUUGCUGGUGGAGGGUGUGUAUCUGCACCAUCUGCUGGUGAUCGUGGGACGCUCAGAAAAGGGACACUUCCGCUGCUACCUGCUUCUUGGCUGGGGGGCCCCCGCGCUUUUCGUCAUCCCCUGGGUGAUCGUCAGGUACCUGUACGAGAACACACAGUGCUGGGAACGCAACGAAGUCAAAGCCAUUUGGUGGAUCAUUCGCACCCCCAUCCUAAUAACCAUCUUGAUCAAUUUCCUCAUCUUUAUCCGUAUCCUUGGCAUCCUUGUUUCCAAGCUGAGGACACGGCAGAUGCGCUGCCCAGAUCACCGACUGAGGCUGGCUCGCUCCACGCUGACGCUGGUGCCCCUGCUGGGCGUCCACGAGGUGGUGUUUGCUCCCGUGACGGAGGAACAAGCCGAAGGCGCCCUGCGCUUCGCCAAGCUGGCCUUUGAAAUCUUCCUAAGUUCCUUCCAGGGUUUUCUGGUGAGCGUGCUCUACUGCUUCAUCAACAAAGAGGUGCAGUCGGAGAUCCGCCAGGGCUGGCGCCUCCGCCGCCUGCGUCUCAGCCUUCACGAGCAGCGUCCCCGUCUGCACCUGGAACUCAACCCCCGGGCCGUGCCUCCGAGCUCCGCAUCCCGGGAAGCUGCCAUCGGCACCGCCUUGCCCUCUCGGAUGCGGCAUGUGCCUGGAGAGGAGGUCCUGGAAAGUUACUGCUAGGUAAAGGGGCCCGUGUCUGUACGGAGAGCAUGUAUUGAGAGCCGACUGUGUACCAGCCCCCGUGUGGGGGAUGCCGGGGAAACGGAGAAGGAACCGGAAGACAAGGUCCCCACGUGUAUAUAUUUGUUGAAGAAUCGUUUAUGAAAAGAACUGAGGCGUCUAGGACAACCGACUGGGAGGCCACUUGUGAAGACGUCAUGGGUCAUGUUUGAAAGAAGUGGAGACAGCUUCAGUGGAGUUGGAGGACAAGAUGGCAGGCAGAUGGGACAGCAUACGAAAAGGUCCUCGGAAGAUCGAGAAAGGCUUCCGUGGCUCCUGUAGAAAAAGCCAGGGCCUCCAGAUGGGAAGACGUGGGCUGGGGUGUAGACUGGAAUCUCACCCCAGGCUCACUGAAGAGUUGAUUACUUUUACUUUAUGUGUACGGUUGUUCUGCCUGUGUGUGUGGACGCACCCCACGUGCAGGCAGUGCUUGCAUAUGCCUGAAGGGCAGGAGACCCCUGGGACUGGGUGGUGGCCGGGCCAGGAUGGGGGCCACAGAGAGGUGCCAAGGAUUUGCUGAGGGAUCCCAGGAGACAGACCAAAGGGGAUCAAAAGGCUCCGGGUGGAGGCUCUGCCUGUGCUAGGCUGCCAGAGGCUGAGCAGGGGAGGGAGCUGGAGUUGUAGGAGGUGAGACCUGGCAGCCAACAAGAGGACCUGGGGGGCCGUGAGGCCAGAGCCUCCACCUCCCAGGGAGGGCUGGGACACAGCCUUAGUGUGCCCGGUCCACCUGCACACACGCAGGCCUCCUUUAUUACACUGGAUGCUGUAUUUCCCCAGGACGUGUCUCAGAGCUGACCCACACCCCACACUCCAAGGCUUUGGCUUCUGGUGGCGUGGAGACCCUAGAAAGCCAAGCUUCUUUAUGGGGUGGGAGUAGACCAGGCUAGAAGAGGGAGGCCUAGGGUGUGUGAGGGAGGACAGGCUAGAAGAGGGAGGCCUAGGGUGUGUGAGGGAGUCUGCUGCCGAUGAGCCAGGCCCAACUGGAGCCACGUUAGCACAAACCCCAGGAACACCCCAUUGCUGCUGUACCCUCCCCCAAGAUAAUCUUUAUG